UUUGAAACAAUACUAAAAUACAUUCUACCAAGGUGGACGAGUUACUUCCCGCUCUACUGGGUAGAAGUAAACAAUCACAACAACUGCUGCGUAAGAUUCAAGCACAUGAAACGUGACUUGCUUGUCAUGGAUUUCUUCAUUGUUGUAUGUCUAAUGGAUUAAGUCCCCAAAAUUGUGUUAUACUCAAUUAACGGCUCAUGGUUUAUAUAAUAAAGUACCUACAAAAGGACCAUGGAAUGUUAUUGAUACCCAAUUUGAGAAUCAACACCGAACGGGGCUAAAAUCAACAUAUAACUACAGAGCCACGUACUGUCCGCAUCAGGGACAAGAUAACACAAUUCGGAUAAGGAAAGAACCCAAGAAUAGGAGCCGAACCUAACCUACGUAGAAGACAAAAUGGAACUUAAUAAACAAGAGAAACAUGAAGAUCAACAUUUAGGCCAAGAUGAAGAGCAAGACUUGCAUUCAUUGAAACCUAGGCCUAGGCCUAUGUCACCUAGUAUGGGUAAACGAGUGAGAUUACAAUCAGAAAAAGGUAAGAUGUAUAAUUUUGAUCUUCUGGUUGAUGAAUUCAAAAAACAAAAGAGAUUGUUGGGCAAGAUAAAUAAGGAAACAGAUUUGGCACUUUCUAAAAAUGAUUGUAAUGUAGGCCUACUAAAGGAUGUUGCAAAUAGGCUUCAAAUAGAAUUAAAGAAUAUUGACAUAACUCUCUCUAAAGUGAAAGAAUCAGAAAUACCAGAGGUUGACAUUGUACAGAGUUUAGAGUAUAAUUACCAGGAAAUAUGCUUUGAAAGUCACACUAGGUUAACAAAAUUAAAAGAAAAAAUGAAACAUGACCAAGAUGAUAAAAUGUCAAAUGUCUCUCUAAAGUCAAAGUCUUCAUCUAGUAGGUCACAUCAUACAAGUGUAAGUAAAUCUUCACGUGUUUCUAGUACUAAGAGAAUAGAACUAAGCACAAAACUGGCUAGGUUAGGCACAGAAAGAAAAUACCAUGACAUAAUGGAGAAGGCUAGAGCAGAUUUAAAGAAAUUAGAAAUUCACAAAGAAAUUGAAGCCACUAAUGCUGAAAUAUGUGCAGUUAAUAAAAUUUUAGAGGAAGAAAAUGAAACUGAUCCACAGUCAUGCUUGAGUUUUCCGUUAGGUGAAAAUAACCAACCCACUGAAGGUCUCUUGCACAGAUAUGUUGAGGAUAGUAGAGCUGUAAAUUAUUCAGUGUCAGGUUCCAGUGUACAAAAGUCCCUUUCCUUUGCUGGAGGUUUAGAUAGUAUAGACAAAGGUUUAGACAAAAGGAAGGCAGAAAUAAAGGCAAUGACUGAUCUAAAUCCAAAUGCUCAGGUGUUUAAAUUUCCAACAGAUAUCAUACAACCAGGGAAACCAAGGCUAGACCAUAAUUAUAAUUACCAGCCCAUAGGACACUCACAGCCAAGUAAACUUAGGCUAGGCCAAGAAACAAACCGGAACUCAGAUUUCAAAAUACCAAAUGAGCCUAGGCUGGGUUUGUACUACUAUAGAUGA